UUGUUUCUUAUUCUCUCUACACAUGUUUCCCAUAUCUUAUAUCAGACAUGAUCGAUGCUAAUUUUGUUUAUGUUUCAGUGGAACCCUUGAGAUUAAUUGCUCAAAGGAAAUCAAAAUUCAGGGAAUUGUUGGACCUUGCACAUCGAUGGAGAAGAAAGGGCCUUCUGUUGCUGAUACUGUCAUAGGAGAGGGGAACACAACAAUAUGGAAAAUGUGUGGCCUUGACAAGAGUACGUGCUUGACUGUGUUGUUUGAUCUUUCAUCAAGUGAUCGUGCAAAUACUCCAGGUGCUGUCAACCCACAAUUGUACCUGCAGUUUCUUACAAGUUACCAGAGCCCAGAUGGUCAAUUAGUGCUUCGCGUGACAACAGUAACCAGAAGAUGGGUAGAUAGUUCUGUUAGCUCUGAGGAAUUGGUUCAAGGAUUUGACCAAGAAACUGCUGCAGUGGUAAUGGCUAGAUUUGCUUCUCUGAAAAUGGAGACAGAGGAAACAUUUGAUGCCACACGGUGGUUGGAUAGGUUCCUCAUUCGCCUCUGUUCUAAAUUUGGGGACUACCGCAAAGACGAUCCAUCAUCACUUACAUUAAACCCAUCAUUUUCUCUUUUCCCCCAGUUUAUGUUCAAUCUGCGACGCUCACAGUUUGUACAGGUUUUUAACAACAGUCCAGAUGAGACUGCAUACUUCCGCAUGUUGUUAAACCGGGAAAAUAUUAGUAAUGCAGCUGUCAUGAUUCAGCCAUCUCUAAUAUCGUAUUCAUUUAAUUCACUGCCUGCACCAGCAUUGUUGGAUGUCGCUUCCAUUGCUGCAGACCGGAUUCUGUUGCUAGAUUCAUAUUUUAGUGUGGUUAUUUUUCAUGGGAUGACAAUAGCUCAAUGGCGCAACUUGGGAUACCAGAACCAACCAGAACACCAGGCCUUUGCGCAACUAUUACGAGCUCCACAAGAUGAUGCCCAAGCGGUUAUUAGAGAUCGGUUCCCUGUUCCUAGAUUGGUAGUGUGUGAUCAACAUGGUUCCCAGGCUAGAUUUUUAUUAGCAAAGCUGAAUCCCUCAGCAACAUAUAAUAAUGCGCACGAGAUGGCUGCUGGUUCUGAUGUAAUCUUUACUGAUGAUGUUAGUCUUCAAGUUUUCUUUGAGCAUCUGCAAAGGCUGGCUGUCCAAUCUUGAGGGCAGAUAAUAGGAGAGAUUGACAGUUUAUGGAUUCUAGACUUUGGUUUGGGAAUUCACCAAUGAUGUGUGUCCUGCAUUAUGCUGUUGCAUUCAGUUAUUUUUCCUUUCUUUCCUUUGUUCUUAACCAAGAGAAGAUCCGAGCCUGCGUGAAUUGAAGAAUAAGGGAAGCAAGACCUGAAACAUGAUUCUUUAGGUUUCUGGUCGAAUUUUGUUUAUUGGAGAAAAUAAAUGAUUCAAAAGUACGUUGAGUUUGGGUAUUGCGGAAAGAAAGGAUAGGAAAUCAGAGUUAAGAACUGCCUCUGCUACAGCAGCAUAGCAAAUGAGGGAGAUAUUUUUGUUUUAUAUUUUUCCUAUUUGUUUUGGCCCAGAUAUUUAAUUUUUGGGUUCCUCAUCUGGAUUAGUUCACAUAGUGGUUUUACUUUUACAUACUCCCUAGGUUUGCUAAAGGCAUUUUGUCAUGUCAUUGGAGUUUGAUAUCAGUCAUUCUCUCUUUACACUGUCUUGUACUGUAUAUUGUGAAGUAAGCAUACAGGACUCAUCAUGGUGAAACAGACACUGUUGUGCGUGGCGCUUUUUUUUUUUU